UAUCCGUGACCCCUUGAUCGUCUUCCUGCGUGGAGAGCCUUCGCGGGUGAGGCGUAACGUGCAGGAGGUAUCACGAGAGUGGAAGCAAGUCUCGCGAAUUUUAAAAUUUAUCUUUUUGCCUAGCGACUGACAACAGGCUGGUUGCUUGGCGUGGAAUCCUAAAGUGGCCUGGCCUUGAGACUGGAGUGAGACCCCAGCCCUAGGCUGGGGUUCUUUCCAUUAUAGAGGAGACGGAUUCAGAAGGGCUACAGACCACGGUUGUUGAAAACCAGACAUAUGAUGAGCGUCUAGAGAUUAACGACUCCGAAGAGGUUGCAAAUAUUUAUACUCCAACCCCAAGACACCAAGGCUCUCACUCUGUUGCCCGGGCUGGAGUGCAGUGGCAUGAACACUGGACACUGCUCACUGCAGCCUCAAACUCCUGGGUUUAAGCAGACCUCCUGCUUCAGCCUCCCAAGUAGCUGGGACCACAGGACUUCCUCAUUCUGCCCAUCUUCCUAACAAGGCUAUGGCUGAUAACAGCAGUGAUGAGUAUGAAGAGGAAAAUAACAAGGUCCUAAGGGAGGGCAUGCCACAGGCUCCAGGCCACAGAGGCAAAGACAUGGACCCUGUUCCACCUGCCCCUGCAAGUCUCAAGUGCCACCAGACCCCUUCUCAUGGACUUGAGAGGGUGGGAUGGUACAGAGAGAGCCAGAAGCACAGAAAGGAGAAGAAAAAGACCUCACAGUUGACACCUCAACGGGGCUUUAUUGAAAAUGAUGAUGACGACGAUGAUGAUGAUGAUUCAUCUGAAACUGAUUCUGAUUCUGAUGAUGAUGAUGAAGAGCAUGGAGCCCCUCUGGAAGGGGCCUAUGACCCUGCAGAUUAUGAGCAUUUGCCAGUUUCUGCUGAAAUUAAGGAACUCUUCCAGUACAUCAGUAGGUACACACCUCAGUUGAUUGACCUGGACCACAAACUGAAGCCUUUCAUUCCUGAUUUUAUCCCAGCUGUCGGGGAUAUUGAUGCAUUCUUAAAGGUCCCACGUCCUGAUGGAAAGCCCGACAACCUUGGCCUAUUGGUAUUGGAUGAACCUUCUACAAAGCAGUCAGACCCUACAGUGCUCUCCCUCUGGUUAACAGAGAAUUCUAAGCAGCACAACAUCACACAACAUAUGAAAGUAAAAAGCCUGGAAGAUGCAGAAAAGAAUCCCAAAGCCAUUGAUACGUGGAUUGAGAGCAUCUCUGAAUUACACCGUUCUAAGCCCCCUGCGACUGUGCACUACACCAGGCCCAUGCCCGACAUUGACACACUGAUGCAGGAAUGGUCCCCAGAGUUUGAAGAGCUUUUGGGCAAGGUAAACCUGCCCACAGCAGAGAUUGAUUGCAGCCUGGCAGAGUACAUUGACUUGAUCUGUGCCAUUCUAGACAUCCCUGUCUACAAGAGUCGGAUCCAGUCCCUCCAUCUGCUCUUUUCCCUCUACUCAGAAUUCAAGAACUCACAGCAUUUUAAAGCUCUCGCUGAAGGCAAGAAAGCAUUCACUCCUUCAUCCAACUCUACCUCCCAAGCUGGAGACAUGGAGACAUUAACCUUCAGCUGAGACACCUCCCAAGCUGCUGUUUCAAGGCUGAGCUGGCCCCUCUGCCCCAGCUGAGAUGGACAGAUCGUUAUCAGCUACUUGAUGUCCUUGCCUAUGCCACGGCUUGGCUCAGGGGCAGUGCAUGUCCUGCUGCCCUCUCUGCCAGAGGGCACAGAACAUGUUUGUUUAAUGAACCUGCCUGCCUCAGAUUGCUGUCCCUGGGGAGUUAAUGCAUCUACACCACUGUGGGGAUUUGAGUUAGAAGAAUUGGAAUUUCUGAGAUCCCAUGGAGCUUGGAUUGGGAGGAAAGCUUAAAAGAUGUCCUUUUUGUGAGAGGGAUGGAAUUGUUUUCUUUCAUUCGUAAAGUUAGUGGGUAAAGAUUUUAUAAAUCAAAUGCUCUAUUAUAUUGUCAGAUUAUUCUCCUAUUUAAUAUGAAAGAGAAAAGGCUGACUGAGCAUAACGCAGAGACACAGGAACUUUGCUUAGUAGUGGGCAUUAAAUGAAGAGUAGUUAAAGCAAACAAAUUUUGUGAAAUAAAAUGAAACCCCAAUCGUCCAA